AUGUCAAACGCGACUAUUUCGUCAACAGAUUCGUGGCGCGGUAGUUGGAUUUUAUAAAAUAACAACAAAUACAACGAUAGUCUACAUGAAGGAAAAUGGAUAUUAGACGGUACAACUCAGUGGGUUAUUAAACUACAAUCAACUUAUUACUGUUUUGAUACUCGCCCGUGUUUUUCAAGCAAAUACUUACUUACGUAGUUUUGCGAAUCGUUUCAUAUUGAUUUUUAUUCUUCGCCGGUUUCUUGUAUUGUUAUAAAGUUACUUUAUAACUGACAAGUAGUAUUGAGUUUACAUAAUAUUGUAGUGAUAAAAGUUUGAAUAAUACAGUGAUAAUAAUAAGACUUCUAGUUGUGUAUUGUGUUUGCAUCGUGAGAAUUAGCAUUAUUAUGGAGAAAGUGGAGUCAGCCCUUGAUGUGUUAUCUCGUGCUGCGACAAUGGUUCAGCCCUGUCCAGCGUACCCAGCGAGCGACACAGACAGUUUUGAAAGCCCCAGCACAGCGUCGAGUGGGGAGUCAGAAGGAGAUCGUACUCUUUCGCCUGAAGCGCCUCGCGACCAACCUAAAGAGUUAACCGGCAAGUGGCGACGCGAGCGACGAUCUACCCGCCUCCCCGACUACCGACCAAGGGAGAAUGGUAAGAUGGCGUUACGGUCGCAGUCGUUUAACGAGCGGCGGACUUCACCGGCGGUAACGCGCGCUACCACUACGCACAGUGACGGAGAGCUGUCAGAUGAGAUAGAUGAUGUUGCUAGAGCGCCGCCACAGUACCCUGGGGUAAAACAUGAAGCUCCAAUCGACAUGAGACUACGCUCUCGACCCGCGCCGCCGCCCUACACACGACCCUCCGUUAUAAAGACCAAUGACGCUCCACCCGGAUCACUGUCAAUGUGCGAUCCGGUUAUAGACGAGCACUUCAGGAGAUCGCUGGGAGAUAAUUAUAUGAAUCUAUUCAAAAAGGACACGGCUGGUCCCAAGCCGAACACAAAAGACAGAGCCAGCAGUCCCAUACAGUUCAUUAUAGAGAGGCCAACGAAAAUAAUAGCCAUGGAAGUCGACGACGCAAGUAUGUCGGUGGACGAUCAUUUCGCUAAGGCUCUCGGCGACACCUGGAAACAGAUACAGACGUCUAGAAACGACCAGUCACAGACUUCUAAAGGCGUGGACGAUCACUUCAGCAAAGCUUUAGGGGAUACGUGGAAGAAGAUACAAACGAAACACAAAACUGACGAGGAGAAGACCAAGGAUCAAACCAAGAUCAUCACGAGGAGCGGCGUCGUGAUAUAGAUAUGCUAAAACAGACUUUAUCUCUACGGCAUAAAGUAUGUUUUGGUUUGUAUUCAUAUAGACGUUUCUAACAUGACAAUUCUGUUAAGGCUUUGGGUAUACGAGUUCUCUAAAUGUAGUCAAUUAUUAGUCACCAUUACACACUAAGUUAUUACCUCAGUUAAUGCGCUUUGCACAAAACCCAUUAAUAAAUGUAUAUAUAGUUGGUAAUUAAGUCUUUUUUUUUUUUGAUAAAUUCAUUUUAUGUUCCUUAAUUUUAGUUAUUUUUAGUGUUUCGCUUAUUGGAUAUGUUAAAAAGGAUUCCCUUGAUCUAACUGUUUAUAUGAAACGAAUAGUUGUAUAUUUUUAUAUACAUAUAUAUUUUUUUUGAUUUAAUUUAAUUCAUGUUUUAUCCUUAAGUCCGUACACGAACAAAUGUUUCCUUGGUAUUAUUAACAUUUUAAAUAUAAUAAUUUUGAAGCGAUGUAUCAAUGAACGAAUGUAUUUUUUCCUUGUAUAUAGCUGGAGUGAGUAUGGACUCACUCGUGACUUACCCUCAAGAUGGCAGCAGGCUGUCGUGUUGUAAUAUUUUGUAAAUAACGGUUUUCUAUUUAUGCACUUAGUUAAGGAGUUAUCAAAGAAUAAACACAGACUUGAUAAA